GCUCGGGGAGCGCUCUCCACGAACCACGACGAGCCCUGUGCGCGCCCUGCAGAGCCCCGGGUGCGCGCAGGAAGGGAGCGGCUCCAGCAACAGGUGGAGCGCGAAGCCGCUGCCGCAGCGAGGGACUCGGCCGCAGGAAUCGGGAGCCGGUAAGGCGCAGUGAGGGGCUCUGUCUCCAAGGCGGCACCGCGCGGGUUCCUCCUCCCCGGCUCCGCGGCCGCGCAGAGGGAAGUGGCGCGCAGGCAGGCUCCCCUGCCCUCUCAGGACCGUCGCCUCCGCCUGGGAAGGUCCAGCUCUCAGGCAGACUCGCACAGAGACGGUGCCACUGGACACAGCCGCCCGCCCCGGCGCAUAGCCACCAGGGAGGCUCGGGCUCGGAACCUCGCGCUCUGUGCUCGGGACUGGGACCCCGGAGCGCCUCGGCUCCCGCAGGCAGCCCUCACCGGCGCGCCCCGGGCUCCCCCGAGGGCCAUGGAGCUGGCGGCAGGGAACCUCAGCGAAGGGAACGCGAGCUGGCCCGAGCCCCCGGCCCCGGACCCUCCGCCGUUCCUGGGCAUCGGCGUGGAGAACUUCAUCACGCUGGUGGCCUUCAGCCUGAUCUUCGCGCUGGGCGUGCUGGGCAACAGCCUGGUCAUCACCGUGCUGGCGCGCAGCAAGCCCGGCAAGCCGCGCAGCACCACCAACCUGUUCAUUCUCAACCUGAGCAUCGCCGACCUGGCCUACCUGCUCUUCUGCAUCCCCUUCCAGGCCACGGUGUACGCGCUGCCCACCUGGGUGCUGGGUGCCUUCAUCUGCAAGUUCAUCCACUACUUCUUCACCGUCUCCAUGCUGGUCAGCAUCUUCACGCUGGCUGCGAUGUCGGUGGACCGCUACGUGGCCAUCGUGCACUCCCGGCGCUCCGCCUCCCUGCGGGUGUCCCGCAACGCGCUGCUGGGCGUGGGCUGCAUCUGGGCUCUGUCGGUGGCCAUGGCCUCGCCCGUGGCCUACCACCAACGCCUCUUCCACCGGGGCCCCGGCAACCAGACCUUCUGCUGGGAGCAGUGGCCCGACCAGCGCCACAAGAAGGCCUACGUGGUGUGCACCUUCGUCUUCGGCUACUUGCUGCCGCUGCUGCUCAUCUGCUUCUGCUACGCCAAGGUCCUUAAUCACUUGCACAAAAAGUUGAAGAACAUGUCCAAGAAGUCCGAAGUGUCGAAGAAAAAGACGGCGCAGACGGUGCUGGUGGUGGUCGUGGUCUUCGGGAUCUCCUGGCUGCCGCACCACGUCGUCCACCUGUGGGCCGAGUUCGGGGUCUUCCCGCUGACGCCGGCCUCCUUCCUGUUCAGGGUCACGGCGCACUGCCUGGCCUACAGCAACUCCUCCGUGAACCCCAUCAUCUACGCCUUCCUGUCCGAGAACUUCCGCACGGCCUACAAGCAGGUGUUCCGCUGCCGCGUGCGCGCCGAGUCGCCCCUCGGGGACGCCAAAGACCCCAGGAGUCAGCCGGACACCCCGCCGUCAACCAACUGCACUCACGUGUGAAGCCGGGCUCGUGGGGCCCCUGCCUCGGGUGUCUUCGUGGUGUGGAUGUGCAUGAAACACGAGGAGGGUCAGGCAAGGCUGCACAUGCUCUCUGCACGGACAUUCGCAUUGUUUCCGUUAAACUCCACCUGUGUUUACAGAGAGCUUCCGUCCAUUGAGGAAACCCCUAGGUCUCGUGAAAAUUAUUUUCGUGUUUUAUUUUAUUUUAAAAGUCUAUUUCAUAAGGAAAGGAAACGCUGCACUGUUUUACACUUCUUAAGAAGUGAAGGUUUAAUACAUUUCCAUAGGCAUGUGCAAUUCUUUAUAGA